AUGCGUGGUACUGGGGCCGCCUCCUCUUUGGCCAGAAGGGGCCGAGUGAGCCAAUUGGGUGCCCGGACAAGCUACGUGUGUCGGCAAUGUAGAGCUAUUCAGAUCAGCUCGUCACCAACGAGCGAGUCGCCGCGCCUGGGAGGCGAUCCCUUCGGCGUCCCGAUCGAUGCCUCCAAGGACGUCGCAGAUGCGCGCUUCGAGGUCCUCGGCUCGCCAUACUCCCUCCUCUCUGUCUCCCUUUCCGCCUCCCAGAGGCUCUACACUCGGCGUGGAACUCUCGUGGCAGUAUCAGGGAAACCACAAAACGCGCAAUCGACCCUUUCAUUGCUCUCUCCCCUCACCCGAGCCCUCACUGGCGUCCCAUUCCUCUACCAGCGCAUUACCUCCACAACGCCACUGACGGCCCUAAUAUCGACCAAGUCCCCUACGACUACGUUCUCUGUGCUCCAUCUUGAUGGAACGACCGACUGGAUGGUGGGGCAAAGGAAGGCUCUGCUGGCAUGGACAGGUCAUAGUCUCGCCGUUACACCCCGCAUCCAAAGACAGCUGCCCCUCGCGCAUUGGGGCUCGUCUGAGCUGACAGGCCGAGGGCUUGCAGCAUUGGCGGCACCGGGACACAUAUAUCAGCUCACAUUGGCUGAGGGGGAGGAGUUCGUCGCGCAUCCCUCCAAUGUGGUAGCGUACACGAUGACGAAAUGCCCACCUCUGCCUUUCCGAUUCAAGAGUUCGAGCAUCACAUUGCAGAUCCCGUCACUUACGGCAUGGCUGGAGACCACCAAGUUCUUCCAGAAUAUGCGUCAGACCGAGACCUACAAGUGGGUUUCGAGAGCCAUGUUCAGCUUGCGUACCACCGCGCGUCGCACAAUAUGGGGAGACAGGCUGUUCUUGCAGUUCCACGGUCCGAUGACGAUCCUCAUGUCGAGUAGAGGGUCCCGUGUCAGCGACGUGCUUACCAACGCCGACGUCAACGAGAUAGCGGAUGCUCCCGCGGGUGCGGUACCGGCCGCUGUCGAGCUGGCCACGAAACCGAAAGCGAGCGAACCUCUCAAGACCACAGACGCGUCAGCCGUAAGAAUUAGUGUCGCGAGCGUCGGACAGGAUGGGAAAGUUCAAUUUGCGGAUGCGCAAAAUCUCAAGGACUUUGAAAAAUAG